AUGCCUCUCGAGGUCUCAGAAAUCACGCACCAGCAUAGGCUGCUAGUCGCUCUAGGUACCAUUUCACAGCGAGCAGAAAACUACGCCGCCAAGGGUUGCAUCUACACGCUCGAGAUUAUCGAUGUUGUGCCAGAGCCUGGUCAACCAGAAACAGGCAAGAAGUUCCGUGUCUUCGGCAGAGAAGAAACUAAGAGCGGCAUCACGGCAUUGAUGGGCAUAGCUGGUCUUGUUGGUACUGCUCAAGGACAGAAACUUAUGAUCCGUGGACUGAGAGAGGACGGAUCAUGUUUGCCUAUUGCCUUCCUCGACGCGCAAUGCUACAUCACAUCAUUGAAGACUUUGGCAAGCAGUAAGCUCUGGAUUGCUGCAGAUGCUUGGAAGGGUCUUUGGUUUGGUGGCUUCGGAGUAAGCAAUUCUGCAAACCACUCUUAG